CUGAAGGUUUGGAAAACAGGGUUUUGGAAACUGGCUGCUACUUCUUGAAAUUGUCGUGUUGCAGGCGUUUCCUGGCCAUGGGCCAGCUUGCAGCGUUGUUCAGUAGGCAGCAAGAAGUCCCUUGUCAGUGCGAGAGCAGGUAGGAGCACAGCAAGUUCCCAGUUGAAAAAUCGGAGCAGCGCAGCACCGCUAGUGAGAUGAUCCUGAAGAACUGUGUGGGUUUGAUAACAGGCGCGUCACAAGGGCUGGGAAAGGCGUUCGCUGAAUCUCUCUUAAAGAAAGGCGCACAGGUGGUUAUAUGUGAUAUCAACCAGGCACAAGGUGAAAUUACUAAGGCAGAGUUUGACUUGAGAUAUGGACCUGGAAGAACUACCUUUAUCACCUGCGAUGUCACAUCAUUGCCCCAGCUGAAAGAUGUUUUUAUUGAAACGGUGCAGACGUUUGGAAGACUAGAUGUACUGUGCAAUAAUGCUGGAAUAAACAAUGAAAAUUCCUGGGAAAGGACCAUUUCUGUCAACCUGGUGGCAUUGAUACAAGCAAGUUACCUGGCUUUGGACCAUAUGAGGUGUGACCGUGGUGGGAAAGGUGGGAGUAUUAUCAACGUGGCUUCCAUGUCAGGACAAUGGUAUUUCCUGACUCUUCUCAAAAGACAUACGUCUUGCAACCUAGACCACCAGAGCAAUUCGAUCUUCUCAUUGCUGUUUGUGAAAUCUUACUGUGCACAAUUCGACCAUCACAAUCAUCUUGAAAGCUACUGUGGCCAGACUUCAGAGCUAUGUCCCCAAGUUCAAGAUUUCCCAAUUAGUGGAAACAUCUUCUCAACAUCUACUCUGUCAGGUUUUAUACCAGCAGCACAUGCUCCAGUCUACACAGCUUCAAAGCAUGGAGUGCUUGGUUUUACGAGAUCUCUUGCAGAAGCUUCCAGCUUUGGAAAUUAUGGGGUACGAAUAAAUGCACUGUGUCCAAGCUUUGUCAACACUGAAAUUCUUGAGACCAUAAACUGUGAAGAAAAUCUUGGAAUUUUUUAUCAGUUCAAGGACAAUGCCAAGAAUUUAAUGCAGGUCUUUGGAGUGCUGGAACCAUCGGAGAUAGCCAAGGGUUUUGUACAGCUGCUUGAAGAUGACAGCUUGAAUGGAGCAGUCAUGAAAAUUACAACAUCAAAGGGUAUUCAUUUUGAGAACUAUUAGCAAAGACCACUUCUCAACACUGGACUAUCCUUGACCUAACUUGCCAAAUGCCAAGAAAUGUUUGUUUGCAAAGUUUCCUACACUGGUUCCUAAACAUGCAAUCCUUUCUACUGCAGUAAAUUGGUAAAGAGAAUUGUACAUAUAAAAAGGCGAUAUAUAAAGCUGACAUGUAUAUGGGCAAACAAAUUGUGAUUUAUUCCAGCCUUAUUACAUAUCAUUUUUGAUGUACAAAAGAAAAUUGCCAUUUUAAAUUAAAAUUGUGUAAAUAUAUGUUUCUGCUCCACAGUGGUGCUUAUGAAUUGGAACAGAUCUAGAAAGAUUUGUGUUUCCAAACCACCAACACCUCAACACGUCAGUGGUGUUAAA